CCGCCCCCUCCCCCGCCCGGGCUGCCAUGGCCAUUCCCGGCAUCCCCUAUGAGCGACGGCUUCUCAUCAUGGCGGACCCUAGAGAUAAGGCGCUUCAGGACUACCGCAAGAAGCUGCUAGAGCACAAGGAGAUUGACGGCCGUCUUAAGGAGCUAAGGGAACAAUUAAAAGAACUUACCAAGCAGUAUGAAAAGUCUGAAAAUGAUCUCAAGGCACUACAAAGUGUUGGGCAGAUUGUGGGUGAAGUGCUUAAACAGUUAACAGAAGAAAAAUUCAUUGUUAAAGCAACAAAUGGACCAAGAUAUGUUGUAGGUUGUCGACGUCAGCUUGAUAAAAGUAAACUGAAGCCAGGAACGAGAGUUGCUUUGGAUAUGACUACACUAACCAUAAUGAGGUAUUUGCCAAGGGAGGUGGAUCCUUUGGUUUACAACAUGUCUCAUGAGGAUCCUGGAAAUGUUUCUUAUUCUGAGAUCGGAGGGCUAUCAGAACAGAUUCGGGAGUUAAGAGAGGUAAUAGAAUUACCUCUUACAAACCCAGAGUUAUUCCAGCGUGUGGGAAUAAUACCUCCCAAAGGCUGCUUGCUAUAUGGACCACCAGGCACUGGGAAAACACUCUUGGCCAGAGCUGUUGCUAGCCAGCUAGACUGCAACUUCCUAAAGGUUGUAUCUAGUUCUAUUGUAGACAAAUACAUUGGUGAAAGUGCUCGUUUGAUUAGAGAAAUGUUUAAUUAUGCCAGGGACCACCAGCCAUGCAUCAUUUUUAUGGAUGAAAUAGAUGCUAUUGGUGGCCGUCGGUUUUCUGAGGGUACAUCAGCUGACAGAGAGAUUCAGAGAACUUUAAUGGAGUUACUAAAUCAAAUGGAUGGAUUUGAUACUCUGCAUAGAGUUAAGAUGAUCAUGGCUACAAACAGACCAGAUACACUGGAUCCUGCUUUGCUGCGUCCAGGAAGAUUAGAUAGAAAAAUACAUAUUGAUUUACCAAAUGAACAAGCAAGAUUAGAUAUAUUGAAAAUCCACGCAGGCCCUAUUACAAAGCACGGUGAAAUAGAUUAUGAAGCAAUUGUAAAGCUUUCAGACGGCUUUAAUGGAGCAGACCUCAGAAAUGUCUGUACUGAAGCAGGUAUGUUUGCCAUUCGUGCGGAUCAUGACUUUGUCGUUCAGGAAGACUUCAUGAAAGCAGUCAGGAAAGUGGCUGACUCCAAGAAGCUGGAGUCCAAACUGGACUACAAGCCUGUGUGAUUUCCUCUCAGGUCUUGAUGGCUGCAUGACAGACACUGGCUUAAUGUCAAAAUAAAGUUAAGGAAAAUAAUGUAUGUAUUGGCAGUGAUCUCAUUAAAAGUGAAUAAACAUGUAUGAGCAACAUAAUAGUAUGUAAUUUAGUAAUUCUUUCAAAAUUGACACAGAAGUUGUAUGUUUGUUAAUGUUGCAUUUACUGCAGCAGUAUUUACAAAAGACAUGUUGAAGCUUUCCUAUUUGCUUUGUGAGCAUUUUGUACAACAUUCAAAUGGUUUGAGAUAGUACAGGAGAGCAUUUCUUAUGACUUAUUUUAUAUUUGUUUUCUUCAUCCUGAAAAAAUGGAAUAAAAUCUGUUUUAGUUAUCCUACA